UCAACUUCUGUUCUUCCCAAAACCACACUUGUACAGACUCUUCCUGACAGCACAGCUGACCAUAAGCCUCCAGGAUGUGCGAUCAAACUUUUUUAUCUGUACUAUUUGGGCCAUGUGCCAAAUGCAAGAGAGAAAGACCCUUGAGGACAAUUUACGUCAAAGCGGAGCCAGUAACGUACUGUUCACUAUGCGUGGAACUGAUGGCAACCGAAGGGCUGCAAGAGAAUGAAACCUUGGCAACUCUCAAGAAUGAAGCAGAAAGCCUGAAGGAGAAGCUGGAGGAAGAGAGGGCUAAACUGCAUGAUGUGGAAUUGCAUCAAGUUGCUGAGCGUGUGGAGUCACUUGGCCAAUUUGUGAUGAAGACAAGAAGAACUUUAAAAGGUCACGGCAAUAAAGUCCUCUGCAUGGACUGGUGCAAAGACAAAAGAAGGAUUGUCAGCUCAUCCCAAGAUGGAAAAGUGAUUGUCUGGGACGCUUUUACCACCAACAAGGAACAUGCUGUUACCAUGCCUUGUACCUGGGUAAUGGCCUGUGCUUACGCUCCAUCUGGAUGUGCAAUUGCAUGUGGGGGUUUAGACAAUAAAUGUUCAGUAUACCCUUUGACAUUUGAUAAGAAUGAAAACAUGGCUGCAAAGAAAAAGUCUGUGGCGAUGCACACCAACUACCUCUCUGCCUGCAGCUUCACUAACUCUGACAUGCAGAUCCUGACAGCCAGUGGAGAUGGUACAUGUGCUCUGUGGGAUGUGGAGAGUGGACAGCUACUCCAGAGCUUUCAUGGACACGGUGCUGAUGUUUUGUGCCUGGAUCUGGCACCUUCUGAAACAGGAAAUACCUUUGUGUCUGGGGGCUGUGACAAAAAGGCAAUGGUAUGGGACAUGCGGACAGGGCAGUGCAUCCAAUCGUUUGAAACCCACGAGUCUGACAUAAACAGUGUCAGAUACUACCCAAGUGGAGAUGCAUUUGCUUCUGGUUCAGAUGAUGCCUCGUGCCGACUGUACGAUCUUCGGGCUGAUAGAGAAGUGGCCAUUUAUUCCAAAGAAAGCAUCAUUUUUGGAGCAUCCAGCGUUGAUUUCUCUCUUAGUGGCCGUUUGCUGUUUGCGGGAUAUAAUGAUUACACAAUAAAUGUGUGGGACGUUCUUAAAGGAACACGAGUGUCUAUUUUAUUUGGCCAUGAAAACAGAGUAAGCACCUUGCGUGUGUCACCAGAUGGAACUGCUUUCUGUUCAGGAUCAUGGGAUCAUACUUUAAGGAUCUGGGCUUGAGCCUCGUGACCUCGUUCACAAGAAGCAAAACACAAAGGAUGUGAUAUAUUUAUUGCUGUAGAUUAUAUACACUGUCAAGGCAAAUAUACUGCAGGGCACAGAUGAUGAAAUGCUGCUGGUUUCUCUAACAUAUGAGCUUGGUAUCUCUGUCGUAAAAUACAAUUGUUGCAAUACUACCUACUAACAUUUAAUUACAGAUGGCAGGAGAUUGGUUUGUCCCUUUUGAACCAAAAAUUAAUUUACUGGGCAUUUGUUUUGUCUGUCUCAAAGUGUUACCAUUUUCCAACCUUUUUGCAGCGGGCAGUUAUUAGCUCUACUCCAGACUGUAUAUAGAGUGACACUUGUACUUUCUUUACAUUUCUGUGUCAUUUUCAAAGGUAAAUACAUAUAUGUGAUUCUAAUGUGUAUAAGAUGUGUGAUAUGGCUUAGCAUAGCGAGCUACAUUGCUAUAGUUUAUAGUAUGAAUACACACAGAACAUGUUAGUGAUGGAAAGUUUGAACAUUGUACUGUGAAUGUAGUGAAGAAGCUCAGCAGUACAACAUGUUGCUACAUCUGUAAUAAGAAGAGCCAGACUCAUAAACAAAUGAAUGGCUCUCCAGAUUCUCUAGUAGGCUCUAGUUCUGUUAUGGGUCUGUUAUCAGUGUUAUUGAUAGCAGCCAUUAAAGCAGAGAUGUCAGACUUGGAGUUAUAUUGGUCAUGCCCAUAAAAUAUUAAAUAUAUUUAUUCCCAUGCACUUAAUUACUAUCUGUACAUACUUGCCCUUCUUUAACCGCAAAAUACACUGUGUCUGUGGGGUCCACAGCAUUUCAUGUCAUGCAUUAUGACACAACACAAUCGGCUAAUAGACAUGCUCAGUGAACCACUGCACUUAAUUCUUUUCUUAACACACAUAAGACCCAUGGCUGAUUGUUCAGGCUCAAUGUUUAUAUAAAGCACACCAAGCUCUGCACACUGCAUUUUCUUUAUCAUCCCUAUUUCAAGUUGAAUGGUUAAAGGUAUGGUGUCAGUCAUCAGAAUUGCAUGAUUUAAGAUAUUGUAAUAAUUCUGACAAGUAAAGAGCUGCUGACAGUGCCCCCUGUGCAAAUGUUCUCUAUUAAGGGUACUGCUCCGUAGCAUAACUAAGCUGUACUGAGCCCUCAUUUUUUCUUGCAGCCUUGAAACGUCUAUCCUAUUAUCAUUAUUUUUAUUAUGACUCUGCUCUAUAACGUUAGUGCAAAGAGUGAAGGCCUGGGAUGCAAGUAUCUGCAAGGGUCUGUUUUCAACCCCUAGACUUGAAUAGCCAGUUAUAUAUACAUUUUACUCUAAGGAGAGAUAAUGGAACUCAGGAGUGACUGGAGUGCAUUACUGCCUUUACAAUUAGAAAGUAACUUAACAGCUACAUUUGCACUAGACUGAACUCUUAAGUUGUUUUUUUUUCUUUCUUUCGUCUCACCACUGUUGUAUAAAGUAGGGAUGCACCAAAUCCACUUUUUUGGAUUUGGCCGAACCCCCGAAUCCUUCAUGAAAAAUUCGGCCGAAUACCGAACCGAACCAUAAUUUGCAUAUGCAAAUCAGCGAGGGGUAGGGGAAAAUAGUGCCACUCACGAAGUGCGCAGCUAAAAAAAAUUUUACUUCCAUCAUUUGUGACAAAAAGUCACAUGAUUUUAAGGAUUUGGAUUCGGUUCGGCCAGGCUCAAGGAUUUGGCUGAAUCCGAAUCCUGCUGAAAAUGGCCGAAUCUUGGCUGAAUACCGAAGCGAAUCCUGGAUUCAGAGCAUCCCUAGUAUAAAGUAGGUCUUUGGGAUAUAUUGAUUCAUUCUGAUAUUUAUUUUAAAGCUAUUAUAUGUUAUGCUAGAUGGAGAAAUGUACAAAUAAAUAUUUUACAACAGUGA